AUGAUUAACUGUCCUUCUCGUUUUCCUACGUUCAAUAACUCCGCCAUCACUUCUCCCAACCAAAAAAAAAAGAUCAACAUUGUCUCGGAAGCAUACGAAUUGAAAAAAGGUGAUACAGCUGGUCGCAUAACGAUGAUUAUGGAACAGCACAGUGAGGAGUUUAGGCAGGCAUUUAUUCCAUUAUUUGCGGCAAAAGUUGAUGCUGAAAACCUUAAUGACUUUACUGAAAGAUUUCGUCAAUACCUUGAUUCCGUUAUCGAUAAUAUUAAGGAUGCUGAUAAAUUUAUGUUACAAAGCAAAAUUAGAAGGAAAACAAAGGAAAGAAAGAUAAAAGCACUGUCAGAAGAAUUCGGUGGUUUUUGCGUUUCAAUGAAACCGUAUGGCUUUAAACCGGAGUUUUUUACUGUAGCAGCCGAUGCAAUAACAACUGAAUGCGUUUUCCUGGACAAUACUGCAAUAUGCCAGUCGCCAACACUGACAUUUGAGGUUAAAUAA